AUGAAAAUCAGUCGUGCUGUCUUAGCCGCCACAACCCUCUUUCCAUCCAUUUCUUGGGCUUUGCAAGGAGCGUUCCUAUGGCCUAUCCCACAAUACAUCGACUCUGGUGAUACCGAUGUGGUUCUCAAUAUCACCUCUUUCAAAUUCAAUGCACCUGAUAUCCCUGUAUUGAAAGAUGCUAUCAAUCGAUACACUGAUCUUGUACGCUCUGAGCAAUGGAUGCCUGUACAAGUACCAAAGCAACCAAUCAUGCGUACAACGGUGGCCACAUCUCAUUUCUCUCAGCUUGACAUUAUUGUUGAUAAUCCAAGUGCGGAAUUGGAUCACGAUGUCGAUGAAUCAUACACUUUGGAUAUUCAAGAAUUUGAAGGUCGACUGCGUGCCGCCACUGUAUGGGGUGCAUUACGUGGAUUAGAAACAUUUUCUCAGCUUGUCAAGGCACGCCCUCCAAAGGAAACUCCCAUCCUUGAUUAUUCCGAAGAUGAUGCUACCAACACCACAAUGCAAUUGUAUAUCCCUGAAACACCUAUCCAUAUUGAAGAUGCGCCUGUGUAUUCUCAUCGUGGUUUGAUGUUGGAUACAUCUCGCAAUUACUUUCCUGUUUCUGAUAUCCUGCGAACCAUCGAUGCCAUGGCGUACAACAAAAUGAAUGUAUUCCAUUGGCACAUUACAGAUUCACAAAGCUUUCCUUUACGAUUGGAGAGUGUUCCUGAACUUGCUCAACAAGCUGCCUAUGUGCUCAACAACCGAAGAUUGGUCUAUUCUAAAAAGGAUGUUAAACGUGUUGUGGAGUAUGCACGAUCCAGGGGUAUUCGUGUAAUCCCAGAAAUUGACAUGCCUGCUCACACCGGUUCUUGGGCUAAUUCCCAUCCUGAUAUCAUAACAUGCAAUGGAAAAUUCUUUUUGGAUCCGAGCAACGAAUGGAGCGAGCGCUUGGCUGCUGAACCCACUACGGGUCAAUUGAAUCCUGUUCUUGAAGAGACGUAUCAUCUUGUGGAAAAGGUUAUCUCCGAGGUGGCUUCCCUCUUCCCUGAUAAUUGGUAUCAUGGUGGUGGUGAUGAACCUAUUUACAAGUGCUGGGAACAAGACCAUCGAGUACAAGAAUACAUGAGCAAAUACAAUGCCACCGGCGACGAGUUGUUGCACAUGUUUUUGAACAAGGAAGUCCAAUUCAUUCAAAAUUCUGGCAAAAAAGCUAUCCUUUGGGAAGAUUCCGUCACAGAUAAUCAAUUGCCCAUCUCAAAAGACGUGGUCUUGCAGGUAUGGAACAAGCCGGUCCAAGAAGCAGCAAAGAAAGGCUACAAGGUGAUUGCUUCACACGCCAACUUUUGGUAUCUGGAUUGUGGCCACGGUGGUUGGACUGGCAACGAUGAAUCCUACGAUGAACAAGAACAACCCAAGGUCCCAGAAUCACUUGCAGAUGAAUUGGAUCGACAUCAAUUGACAGAUAAUUAUCGCCCAUCCAAUUGGGGUGGUAGUGGUGGUGAUUGGUGCUCGCCUUUCAAAACAUGGCAACGUAUCUAUAGCUACGAUAUGGCAUACAACCUUACGAAACAAGAGGCCGCCAAUGUCUUGGGAGGCGAAGUAGCCCUUUGGGCAGAGCAAACGGAUAGCACUGCACUUGACGUGCGAUUAUGGCCACGUACUGCAGCAGCAGCAGAGGUUUUGUGGUCUGGAAGAUACAACAUUGAAAAUGAGAAACGUGACUUGAGUGAUGCAAUGUCUCGCAUGUUCGAUUGGCGCUAUCGUCUUGUCAACCGUGGAAUUAAAGCCGAAGCUCUUCAACCUUUGUGGUGUGGUAAAAAUCCUUCCAUGUGUGAUUCUACAUUCCCCGAGGAUCUAGAAAAGUAA